CCAAGGGGGCUUCCUGUCUCGCCCACACCAUCCUUUGAUCCGGACAUGGUACAGAAGUUAGGUCACCACCACAGCAAUCUGAUCUGCUUGGGCUGGCUGCACAGAUUUUGCUCCAUCUACGCUUGGUUCCUGGGCAGCUUGGUCCGGCCGCAAGGGAGGGCACGACUCUGAAAGGAGGUUUCCAGGUCACCCUCUCUCCGAACUGUGUCUGGCUGUGACAUAUAUGAGAUACCACCUCUGUCGGAAGAGCAUCACCCUCACCUGAGAUCAAGGGCAUGGAAAGGCCCUAGCCACUAGCCAUCUCCCAGUGAGGAGGUGCCAGAGAAUGUCCUUGCUCCUGAAGUGCUGUCUUCUGUGUCUGACAGGGGCCAGGUGAGGGACACUGGGACCUGCUGGAUCACCUCAGCUCUCCUUCAUCUGAGGCUUCUUUUGAAAAGGGAACAGCUGCUUAGCUCAUCAUGUCUGGCCUGUCUCUGACCAGGGACAGGUAGUGAUUCCUCACAUCUAGUGCUGUGGCAGUUCUCUGUACCUGUCCACACGCAGUGGGUCUGGGUCCUGAAUUCGCCACCCCAUGACCAAGGGCCAACGUAAGAGAAGCUAUUGCUACACCAGAUCUGACAUCAAGCUUGACCCUGGGCCGCCAUGAGCCAAAGCACCAGUUCUCAGCUAGCGGACUCACCUCAGCUCUCCAAGAGCAGUCUCCUCAACAUCCUGGGCAGCCCCCAACCUGAGAGGAUGAGCCUGCCAGACUCCAUGCCCCCUACCCCAAAGAGUGGCACACCCUCACCGGGGCCACUCCAGCUCCCCCUCUUGGGUGCUGUGUGCCUGGACAGUGACUGGGAGAGCCGGGAGGAGCUGCGGCUGAGGGAGCUGGAGGAGGCACGGGCUCGCGCGGCCCAGAUGGAGAAGACCAUGCGCUGGUGGUCAGACUGCACGGCUAACUGGCGGGAAAAGUGGAGCAAGGUGCGGGCAGAGCGCAACAAGGCCCGGGAGGAGGUGCGCCAGCUGCGGCAGAAGCUGGAGACCCUGACCAAGGAGCUGACCAGCCUCAAGCGGGAGCGGCAGGAGGUGCUCAAUGAGAAUGAGCAGCUUGGCAAGGAGGUGGCACGGUUGAAAGGGGAGGGCGAGGAGGAGAAGGAGAAGGAGCUGGACAACAAGGUGGCCUCGGAGAAGGAGAACGAUGGCUCCCCAGACCAGGAGCCUGUGCGGGAUGUGGGCUCUGACAAGCUGGCUAGAAACAAGGAGUUUGAGCUGAUGGAAAACAUACUGAAGAGCAAACAAGAAGGGUCUGAAUGGGACCAGCGGAGUGUGGUCAGCGUCCGGACUUCCUUCACCCGCCAGGAGAGGAACCGACUGCUCUGGGAGGACAUGAGCGUCAUUGAGGAAGAUGCCACCAAAGUGACUGCCCUGAAGCUGAGGCUGGAUGAGUCCCAGAAAGUGCUGCUGAAAGAGCGGGAGGAUAAAUUGUCACUCAGCAAGAACAUCGAGAAGCUGGAGGGUGAGCUCAGCCAGUGGAAAAUCAAGUAUGAGGAGCUGAACAAAAACAAGCAAGAAGUGCUCAAACAGCUGAACAUCCUGAAGGAGCUCCACCAGGAUGAACUGGGGCGGAUCUCAGAGGACCUGGAGGAUGAGCUGGGGGCCCGCUCCAGCAUGGACAAGAAGCUGGCAGAGCUUCGCACAGAGAUGGAGCGGCUGCAAGCAGAGAAUGCAGCAGAAUGGGGGAAGCGUGAGCGCCUUGAGACAGAGAAGCUGAACCUGGAGCGGGAGAAUAAGAAGUUGCGGGCUCAGAUUGAGGAUCUGGAGGAGGUGCUGGCCCGAAAACGCCGGCAGACAGCCAGUGCACUGGACACUGAUCUCAAAACCAUCCAGACUGAGCUCUUUGAGAAAAACAAGGAGCUGGCUGACUUGAAGCACAUCCAUACCAAGCUGAAGAAGCAAUACCAGGAGAAGACAGCUGAGCUGGCUCAUGCCAACCGCCGUGUGGAGCAGCAUGAGGGUGAGGUGAAGAAGCUGCGCUUGCGAGUGGAGGAACUCAAGAAGGAGCUGGCCCAGGCAGAGGAUGAGUUGGAUGAAGCCCAUAACCAGGCCCGGAAAUUGCAGAGGUCCCUGGAUGAGCAGACAGAACAUAGUGAGAAUCUCCAAGUGCAGCUGGAGCACCUGCAGUCCAGGCUACGCAGACAGCAGAAUACACCGCUCUUUGGAAAGAUCCGAAGCUCCCGGUUUGGCCCCGAGGACCCUGGCGAUGGCACCAGCGACCUGGAUGAAGACGAGGACCUGCAGAUCCAGGUUCCCUAGUGCCCAAAGUGAUGGGGCCAUCAGACUGUGGCUGGAGGAGGCAGGAGGACGAGGUGGUUUGGAUUUUCUUCAGGCUGCAGCUAUACACAGGUGGUGUGAGGCGUGCUCUGUUUGACGGGCCUUGCAAUCCACUGUUGGAUGAGACAGGACCCAGUAAAAAGCUGUGCACCACAGGGACUGGAGCAAAGAGCCCAGGCUUCCCUUGUGGGGGAUGGAGAUAGGGCAUGCUUUGCCUUUUUGUGGCUUAUACAAGCGGGUAUUCAGCCAGGUUAGGAGAAGGAUUCAGGGGGAUCCUGCAAGGUUGUUAACAGGUUAUAACAAGAGUGAGGUCUGAGGGAACUGUACUGAAGUGCCUGGAAUGCCCCCCUGGCCAGAAAGGAAAGGUCACGGGGCCAGCACUGUGUCCAUGGUGCCUGCAGCUGAGGUGUUGCAGACAUGUGGCAGGACCCUGAGCCUGUGCCUCUCCACCUCUCCAGCCUGUCUCAUUCUCCCUCUUGCCAGCAGCUUCUCCAGGCCCUCCUCUGGCUAUCUCCCAGCACUUGGUUUUCAUUGAUGGGCCGUUUUCUUGUGCCACAACCCCUUUUCAUUCCCAGCUUACACACUCACCUUUUGUAUCUCCACUGCUGUAGACUCACGUGAACUGAGCCUGCAAGCCAUCACCUCUAUUUUAAAGACAGGGAAAACUGAGGCACAGAUGGGAAGUAAGGCUGCAAGGCCCAUACUUCAGCCACUAAGCCAUCCUUUGUCCCUCACUCCCACCUCAACAGAGGAACCUCCCAGCAAACAUGGACACUGAAACAAUACAAGUAGCUGAAUGCUUGAGACCCAGACCUGUAACAACCAGGGGUGCCAGUCCGGGGCAGAAAAGGAGUUGAGCAAAUCUGGGUCUCUCCCUUGGAGUGCUGACAGUGAAAGCCAAUGCCUUCUAUUAUAUAUAUAUAUAUAUUUGUAUUUGUAUGUGUUUUAUAUUAUAAAUAUAGAGCGAACAGUGGGACCAGGCUACUGCAGCAGUUCAUAUGCUGUGGUCCUUUCCCCAAGUUACCUCACCGUAUCCAUGUUAACCCUAUGUUCUAUUCUGUUUUGCAUCUGUCUGUUGGGGAAUGUUCUGGCUGUUCUUGCCUCUGCCUCUACUCAGUCAAUCUGUCCCCAUGCCAGCCUGCAGGGUUGCACAGGCAAAUGGGGGAGUCAGGCCAUUGGGGAGUGAGUGGCUUAUUGCAUAGGGGACUUCUACACCAUCUGACAGCUGCAGGGGUUUGUAAUAAAUUGAAUUGGUGCUAAA